AAUGUUAAAAAUGUUUUUUAAUAAAAAAUAAAUGUUUAAAAAUAAUAAUAAAAUUUAAAAUAAUAAGCAUAGGAUGUAGACUAGAUAAAAUGUGUUUUGGGUUCCCAAUAUUUCUAGAUGUUUCCAAGUAACUUAAACAAAAUUGUACUUUGAGCUUCUCUAAGAAACGUGCUCCUGGUAUCUGAGAGGAUACUAUUGGAGGUGGUAUUUAUAAAUUUGUAAGCUAACAGUAAAAUUUCAAAACUUUAAAAAACAGCAGCAGCAUGCGCUUGUGUGAUUUAUUUUUCAACUGCAUAUAUCAAAGCACCUUACAAACAAGUGUUGUCUCUAGUUUGUACUGAUGGGGAAACGGAGGCAUGGGGCAACUAAGUGACUGGCUCAAGGUUACAGAAUGAGUUAUUGACAACUGUGGAAACUGAAGCUCUUUCUUAUUCCCAUGCCAGAUACAGCAUGAGCAGUGUCAGCCAAAGCUUCUCGUGCUGUUUCCUUCCAGAUGGUUCAAUCCUAUUGUUCUGGCACUUGCUUGCGCUCAAGGUUGAGAAGGUGGUUUAGGUUCCACAGCCUGUUCAGUCUUCAGUCUUUCAUCAGAGUCUUCAACAAGCUAAAAAGUUACUGCCAAAAAUGAGACAGGUAGUACUGUUUUUUGACAUUGGCCCUGGACAGAAACUGCUAGUGAUAGGCUGCUCUUUGAAGAGCUGUAAGGUGAUGUCAGCUUUGUCAUGGCUGACUGGGGUAGGAUUUGUGCAAGGAGACGCAGUUAAAUGAUCUCUGUCACAGUAUCAUUAGGGCUGUCUGAUCUUGGAGGCACCUGAAGGCGAAGGAUCCGGCUGUGCUCUGGAUUUGUAUGCCCAUAUUUUGAGGAAAUGCCCUACAUGACCCUUCCUGCGUGUUGAGAUCAAAGUUUGGAGGUCUCGGGAACCACAAAUGAUACCUGAAGAAGCACCCAAACGACACUUGUUAUCCCUGCAUCAAGUCCCCCAGCCACGUCUGUAGGCCUGGAUGCCAGGAGGGGGGGGCGGGGCAUUCGUAAACAGACCUCACAAACCCAGACGAAGCCGGGAGACCAAAGGAGGGAGGUGUGAAUCCGGCCUUCAGGAAUGGGAGAGGUGACCAGGAAGCUCGGGCACAAGAGUCAGGCACCACAGAGCAGAAGCACUGACUUUGAGAAAAGUUAUUUCAUGUGUAUGAAAAGAAGUUGUUGAUGAUCCAUUAAUGUUAAAAGAACUUGAGAAUUUUGUUAAAAUACUAAAUGAAUUAAAUGCCUGAUUUCAAGGAAAGGGCAUCCCUGAAAAAUAGCAUAGGAAGUGGCAUCUUUAACCAAAAAGGAAAAGAAACUGGCUGCAACCCAGGGACUGUGGAGUGGUUAUGAGGGAUAUGGGGACAGCCAAGAUGGCCCCGGAGGUAUAACCUCUAAGAGGCUUUAACACCUGUUACCCACUCAUAGUGCCAUUUAGAGGUAAGUAUGAACUGGGUUUUUUUGUAGCUUUUGUGUGGAAUCAAGUAGCACUGUCUGCUGGUUGUAAAUCUCUGUUUCAUUUAGGAAUGAAUAACAUACAGUAAUCUUUUAAGUCCCAGGAGUUUUUUUCUAAAUUGCUAAUACGACGUUCAUCUCUUGAAGGUUUAGGGGGUUUUUUGGGGGGUUUUUUUUUGUUUUUUUUUAUGUUUUUUUAAUCUGUGAUUGUCUUCAUGAACGUCAGUGUGUCACCAGGGAAUAUUUGACCCCUUUUCUUGUGGGAUCUUUUCAUUUCAUUUACUCUUAGUAGUGAGUGUCAGAAAAUUGAAAAGGACACGGGUGUGAUUGCCCCGUCCCCUUUGAAGAAAGUAGCCAUGUUGAGUUAAAUACAUUUUGUUAUGACAAGGGUUAUGGUUGUAAUAGUUUGACCCACAAACUGUUCACAAGUGUGUUACUUUCUAGGAGUACUCUCGUUUUAUAGGGUAGAAAUACAGUGGUGGCCUCAUAAAAGUGAAAUCGCUUAACAACCUUUGAUUCAUUUUGAAACAGUUUUUGGAUAGUUGAAAGGAAUUGGCUUUCGAAAGGCUCAUAGAGUAGUUACGAAGUAAGACUAAAUUUGAACUUGAUACAGAUUCCUCUCUACCUUCUCUUCUGGAGGAAUUUUGUUUUAUGCUUGGUAUUUAGGAUAUUGAAUGUUCCUAUUAUGUUUUCUUCACCCCAAUACAUAAAUAUUUCUUUAGAGAUGGCCUGGCCAUAAUGAUGUUACCUUUCUCUGUUUUCCUAAACUUUGAUAGACUAUAGAAUUUGGUAAUUUUGCUAGGUGUUGUUCACUAGUAACUUAGAUUAUAAAUGUUCACAACUUACUGCUAUCAAUACCUAUCAGAUGCAGAAAUGCUAUUUCUUACCGUUUAAUAUUUGUCAUAAGAUGCUGAUAUUCAUGUGGGCAUUUGUCAAACUGUGUCUGCUCUUUGGACCGCAUCUUUCCGUUGGUGUAUGGGAGGCAGUAACACAUGUUAUGAAUGUUGACUUUAGGGUAGGAAAGACUCCAGGUGUUGGGUAGCCUCGGCAAGGUACUUACCUGCGUGGAGUCUUAGUGUCCUCUGUGAGCUGACAGUAAACCUUAGAGUUGUGAAAAUUAUUACAAAGGAAUUUGAAGAAGGAAAAUUCUGGUGGGCUGGAGUAGUCCUGUUAAUAGUAGUUUGGAGUUAAACAAAAGUAAGUCCAAUCUUAGCUGCCUGCCAUCUGCGAAGUACUUUCCUGGUCGCUGCUAUAAUCCUGAUGUAGUUGGAAGUCUGUAUACCAUACAGUAUUCUUUGAUUUCUGGUCCAUUUUUUUCCAUACCAUUCAUGCUUAUAUUUAUAUUUUUUGGUCCCAGUCACCAUUUCUUACAAAACUAAUUAAAUGCAUCCUUCUUAAAUACAUAAUCUUGUCAGUAUCCAUUCACAUCUACCACCUCUGGGCCUGACCCUCUGUCAUCUCUAUGCUGGUCUAAUUUUUGCCGAGCCUUAAAACCAAAGACAGAUUCCGGGGGUUGUUGUGGGACCUCCAGAAUGGGGAUUGCACAGAAUAAUCUUAUUUUUCCUCUAUUCUUCUAGUCUGUUAUGUUCUGAACCCACACAUGUUUUCCGAAGGACCAGAUGGCUGACACUGGCUAAUGGGAACCAAAAGACAAGAGUGAAAGUAACCCGGUUGUCACAUACCCCAAGUUUAGAGGUGCCUCACCCUGCCCCAAGAUCAAUUUCUCUUUUCUCUGGAGACUUUACCCCACUUAUCAAAAAACUUGAAUACAGCCUGGCUUAUCUGAGGUUAGAUUAUCAAGUCAAGCAGCAGCAUUUGUUAAAUGAAAAGGGUUUACUCAGGACUGGGGGAGAGAAGAAGCAUUUGCUUUUACAAAGGCAGGGUAACCUUGUAGUUAAGAGCUUGAGUCUGGAGUCAGAUGGAUCUGGGUUCCAAUCCAGCCACACCGUUGAUGAGCUCCUUGACAAUGCACAGUAGCUUAGCCUCUCCAAGCCUCAGUCUUCUCAGGUGUAAAAUGGGAAUAAUUAUAAUGAUCAUAGUACAUUCUUCACAGAUGAAGAAUGAAUAGAAUAGAAGAGAUGAAUUAUUUACCCUGUGCCAAGUACUACACUAAAUAUUAGUCUUUGUCAUUAAGGAGCACGGAAUCAAAUGAGAGGAUCAGCACAAAGAAAAAAGAACAAGUCCUUGAAAGGCCACGGAAACAGCAUGUAAAACACAAAAUAGAAUAGAGCCAAAGAAGGUGCUCAGAUGAUUAGUCAGGCAAGGGUGUGAGACCUGAGUCUGUGGAAGAAGAUCGGUUUGCUUCCCCUUGUGUAAUCGAGGCAUUCAGGUUUGGAGACCGGUCUAAACAAAGAUAUUUAGGAGUCAUGGUAGGCCUCUGAGCAAAGGGAUGCUGUAGGAGCUGGCUUUCCCUGCUACACGGAGAGACAGGUUGACUAAGAAUAGCCACAUUCAUGUGGAAUUAAGUAAGCUGAUGAGACAUGAAGAAGAUGGCCUCAGGGGCCCAGCAGAUGAGAAACCUGUAGAACUAGGCAGCAGACUGAAUGGGCAACCGGAGAGGAAUGGUUAGAGGUGAUUAUGAGUCCCGGGAGUGAAUUAGAUGGUCAGGGGCUCCAGCAGAGAGAAGUCAUGAGGUAGGUUUUCUUCUUUGAAGGUGGGGAAAGACCAAGUGCAGACUGAGCUGUGGCCAGCGUUUGCAGACCAGGAAUCCACACUAGCUCUAAUCAGAGAGCUCUUGGUGUGCGGGAACUGCCAGUUUGCCGACGUGAAAAGAGCCCCAGACUGGGUACUGGUGAGCCCUGAAGUCGCACCCCAGCUCUGCCACUCAGUGAGCACGGCAACAUCCCUAAUCCCGACCAGCCAUGGAGAGGUUCGGUUCUUACAAGGAAAAUGAGUGAAUGUGGGAAUGGCUCACCACAUUGGGAAAACAAAACUCACAUCCUGCUGAUGGUUGGCUGAGGACUGUCAUGUCCACAUACAAAGAAAAGCAUGUGGCACAGUUGUAGGACAAAGAUAUGGGUUUGUGGAGUUUGAUGAUCUGCGUGAUGCAGAUGAUGCUGUUUAUGAACUAAACGGCAAAGACCUUUGUGGUGAGCGAGUAAUUGUUGAGCAUGCCCGCGGCCCACGUCGAGACGGCAGUUACGGUUCUGGACGCAGUAAGCAUUUAAAAGGGCAUUUGUAUCGAUGACAUACAUGCCUUUGUUGUUCAAUGUGAAUUUUUUAAAGUAAUUGAUUAAUUAAUGUUACACUGAAAUGUAUUGAUAUUUAAGCCAUUUGUUUUAUAAAUUAUGUAUCUUUUUAAAUGUAAAAUUGCAAAUAAACAUCUUUGAUACUGUUUAAUUUUAAUUUAAUUAAUGACAUAAAGUUCUUGUUUUAAUACUUUUUAAAAUAUGUUUAAUGAUGUGUGUUUGUGUUGUUGUUUUUUUUCUCUGUAAUGCAAUUGUUUAACAUAGAUUUAACAAAGACCUCAAUGUUUUAAUUAAAAGAAUCCUUUGAGGCUAAGAUGACUGCCUGUUCCAUUUGCUGACCUUGGGUUACCUUUCCAUGCGUGGCUCUUUGAACCAUUGUGGCCCUUGGCUGACCAAAACAGGAAGCCAUGUGACGACCGCAACCUUUCCCCAUUAGACCUGGGUGGUGAGGAUCCCAAGGGUUAGACACAGAUGAGAUUAAACUGAAAUAGGUGCCUGAAAAUCUUUUUUUCGUAUAAAAUAUUCACAAAAACUUUAAUCACUGUGAGUAACACCAGUAACUGAUUUAGUAAUUUGGUUACUUAUUUCUAAAUUGUUAAAUUGUUAAUAGUUUUAAUUUAUGCAUGUUAAUUUUAAAUAUAAUAUUAAUGAAUAUAUAUACUUACCACUUCGUAAAUUAAAUUAAAUUUCAUGUUUAGUUGAUUGCUUUUUUAAAAAAAAAUCUAGUUUAGAAUUAAGGGGUGGGGAUAGAACUAAAAUAUAUGUGCUGUGUUGUGGGGUGGGGGUAAAUGGUACACUUCAGGGGAAUAUGUGCUGGGUCACUUUUUCCUUUUCCUCCACUGAAGUCAUGUUAUCUAUUUGAACCUUCCAAAGGUGGAUAUGGUUACAGAAGAAGUGGCCGAGAUAAGUACGGCCCUCCUACCCGCACAGAGUACAGACUUAUCGUGGAGAAUUUGUCAAGUCGGUGCAGCUGGCAAGACCUAAAGGAUUAUAUGCGUCAGGCGGGAGAAGUGACCUAUGCAGAUGCUCACAAGGGCCGUAAAAAUGAAGGGGUGAUUGAAUUUGUGUCUUACUCCGACAUGAAAAGAGCUUUGGAAAAGUUAGAUGGAACUGAAGUCAAUGGCAGAAAAAUCAGAUUAGUCGAAGACAAGCCCGGUUCCAGACGCCGCAGGUCCUAUUCCAGGAGCCGGAGUCACUCCAGGUCUCGUUCCCGGAGCAGACAUUCUCGUAAGAGCAGAAGCCGAAGCGGCAGCAGCAAAAGCAGUCAUUCGAAGAGCAGAUCUCGGUCCAGGUCGGGCUCCCGUUCCCGGAGCAAGAGCCGCAGCCGCAGCCAGAGCCGCAGCCGCAGCAAGAAGGAGAAAAGCCGGAGCCCCAGCAAGGACAAGAGCCGCAGCCGCAGCCGCAGCGCGGACAAGCGCCGCAGCAAGAGUAAAGACCAGGCCGAAGAGAAGAUCCAGAACAGCGACAACGCCGGCAAGUCCAAGAGCCGGAGUCCCAGUCGGCACAAAAGCAAGAGUAAAAGUCGGAGCAGGAGUCAGGAGAGGCGAGCGGAGGAGAAGCGGGCGAGCGUGAGCAGAAGCAGAAGCAAGGAGAAGAGCCGGAGCCAGGAGAAGGGCCUGCACAAGAGCCGCAGCCGCAGCCGCAGCAAAGGAGGCAGCCGCAGCCGCAGCCGCAGCAAAAGCAAGGACAAGAGGAAGGGGAGGAAGAGGAGCAGGGAGGAGAGCCGCAGCCGGAGCCGCAGCCACAGCAAGAGCGAGAGGAGCAGAAAGCGGGGCGGCAAGCGAGACAGCAAGUCGGGCAGCGGCAAGAAGAAGAAGAAGGAGGACGCCGAGCGCUCCCAGUCCAGGUCGCGCUCCCGCUCCGCCUCCAAGGAGCGCGAGCACGCGAAGGCCGAGUCCGGCCCGAGGGAGGGCCGAGGGGAGAGCGCGGAUGCCGGCGCCCAUCAGGAGACCCGGUCCCGGUCGAGGUCCAAUUCCAAGUCCAAACCGAACCCUCCGUCAGAAUCACGCUCCAGAUCAAAGUCCGCUUCAAAAACCCGGUCUCGGUCCAAGUCCAGAUCCAGGUCUGCGUCCAGAUCGCCCUCUCGGUCUAGAUCCAGGUCCCACUCGCGGUCCUAACUGGCUACGACCACAGCUGGAACUCCCCGAGAAGUCUUUUGUACAUGUUUGGUAGCCGUAGCACAAGUGAUCGAAGUAGAACAUACGUCACUGCUGUACAUUUUUAACUCCCCUAAUGGUGUGUCUACAAUUGUUAAAUCUAAGUGCUUCCUCUCCGUAAAGCCUCCUGGCGCCAGGCCUUCCUGCUCGACUGAAAACAAUCUUCUCUUUGAAAACCCCCUUUACUCCUGGCCCACAGUAGAAUAUCCAAAACGCCUCGGCUCUCAGGCCUGGCCUUUCCCACAGGGAGCUCAGUACCUGGAUGGCUUUCAGGCUGGAACGGUGACAUAGGUAGGUACGGUGAGUUCGGCCAUUUUUGCCCUCGAAUUGAUGCCCUUUGAUGUUUGCCAUUUAGUGAAAGUGCUAAGUCUUAAGUUUCCUACCACUUUGGUUUCAUACUUUUGGACUUAACAAAGUUGUGAAUAGCACAGUCGAGGAAAAUUGAUACCUGCAGUAACCCAUAGGAAAUAAACUGUAGAGUUCCAUAUUCUGGUAUUGUGAUUAUAUUGUUUUAUAUUAAAAAAGAAAAGAAAAGAAUUUUUUUUAAUUUUAUUUUUCCCCGUCUUGCAAAGUAUAGUGACCCCUGUUUCCAUUAAAUUUGAAUAAAGACUAUUUUUGCUUGACAAGA